UUUUUUUAAAAAAAAAAAUAUUUUAAAAAAAUAUUCUUUCAAAUUUCAAUCAGUCAGUCGAGUAAUAAUGCCACACACAGCUGAGUGGUACCCAUCACCUCUGCAGCUCCCAAUGGCCGAACAUCAUGUGAUGUGAGCGCAUUUCCCCUUCAUUUUACAAUUAUCAUUUUUGUUAUGGUUGAAUAAUCUUCACUCGCCAUUGCAUUACAUCGGAGCUUGGUUAUGGGAAUUUGAAAAUUGAUUCGUUCGGCCCAGCGUUGGGCAAAAUCAGGCAUUUAUUGCGUUUUCUCGAUUCCCAAUAACCUUCGUCCCUCCUUGUGACCUGUGGUUGUCCUAAAUCAAAGCCCAAGUUUUUCUUAGUUUGCUCUCUCUCUCCAUCACUCUUAUUCUCUCUCCUAGGGUUUUCUUGGCCGGUCCCUCUUUUGGCAUGCGACGACCUCCGGCGCCGGUGGAUUACCAUUUUAAUUUUAGGUGAAAAGAACUCGUGAAAACCCGAAUGGACUUUUUUAAGCUGAAGAAAUUCAGAAAUUCCCAGAAGCCCAAUGCAAAGGAUGUGGGGCAGGAUCAGCCAGAGGAGCCCAAGAACACAAGCACCGAUUUGUUACCAAGGGGCAAAUCGGUAAAUUUGGACCCAGCCGAUAAUGCUGGGACAGAAGAAGAUGAUGACGACGAUUUUAUCUUGAAUGAGGUGAAGAGAAGGCUCAAGGAGUUGAGAAGGAACAGCUUUAUGGUGUUGAUACCAGAGGAGUCUUCCCCGCCAGCUGGCGAAGAGGAAGAGGAUGAGGAAGAGGGAGAGACGAGUUCAAGCACUGAGUGGAGGGAUGUUGAGGCUGAGGGCCGCCAGUUCUGGUCCGGUUUUGAUGCUGUGUAUGAUGUAUACUGUGAUCGCAUGCUGACUUUUGACCGAUUGAGCACCCAGCAACUUCUAGAAGUUGGCUGUCACGUUCCUUCGACUCCAUCACCCAGACCUGUGUCUAAAAAGCUGGGAUCUCCCUUUGGUUGCCUCUCCUUGAGAAAGUUCGAGGGGCCGGAAGAGGAAAUCGAGCACUUGCAGCAACCAAUGAACGACCCGUAUCAAGAUCUUGAGACUUCGUACGUAGGCCAAGUGUGCUUGACUUGGGAGGCACUACACUGCCAGUACACGCAGUUGAGUCAGAAAAUUGCUUCCCAGCCCGAAAGCCCCACUGCCUCUUAUAACCAUAGUGCCCAGCAGUUUCAGCAGUUUCAGGUCCUACUGCAGAGAUUUAUUGAGAAUGAGCCCUUUGAAACGGGCUCUAGGCCCGAAAUCUAUGCUCGGACGAGAAAGUCAUUGAUAAAACUGCUCCAGGUUCCCAAGAUUCAAGCUUCUGAGGAAAAAAGAAGAGGAGGAGAAGAGGCUUCGGAUUUCGUGGUUCUUACCACGGACUUGAUCAGAGUAAUCGAGAGCUCCAUCUUGAGUUUCCACCAAUUCAUCAAAACGGACAAGAAAAAGUCGGGUGUGCGGAAUGUGUUUGGAAGUCAGAAUCAGAUGUUUAUACCUGCUCAACAUGUUCAAUCUUCUCUUGAAAAGAAAGAGGUGAAACUGAAAGAACUUUGGAAGAAGAGCAAGAGCUAUAAAAAGAAAUCGUGGCCAACUACAGCCGAGGAUGUGGAGAUGUUGCUUGCGCUAGUCGACAUCAAAUUGCUGUCGAGGGUUUUGAGAAUGUCGAGGAUUAGCAAAGAACAGCUGUUAUGGUGUGAGGAGAAGAUGAAAAAGCUGUGUUUAAACAAUGGCAAGUUGCUGAGAGACCCAUCCCCGAUCCUUUUCCCUUGAUAGCAGUUUUGGAAAAUGGUACUGACUUUGAUUUGUACUCUGCAAGAAUUGGAUCCUUUUCUGGAUAUCUGAUGACUAAUUUGUGUGCAUUCACCAGUGGAGUGCACAUCUUGUUUAGUUCUUUUUUUUUUCUUUUUUCUUUAUCUUUCUGAAUGCCAGAUGUAGUUUGAACUUCAGGCUGGAACAGUAGAAUUUUAUUUUGCUAAAUUUUUAAUUUGCUAUGUGUGUGUAUGCAUGCAUGCAUGAUGUAAUCCUAUUGUUAUCCAAGUUGAGAAAAUUGGCUAAUGGAAGUAGUGAAAGGCAAAUUAGUCACCUGUGC